AGUGCAAAUGCCAAAAGAAUGUGUUGAUGAAAGUGAGAAAGUUUCAGUGGUAUUUUUGGAAUACUAUAAUUGCAGAGCAGCAGGAAGUUAAGGCCGCCUACAUUAGAGAACACAUGAUGUGAGAUAAAGUUCCAGAUAGAGGUGGGAUUUUUUUAAAUAAUUUUUAAUCCAGUUUAUUUUAAAGGUGUUGUUAAGAGCACCGAAAUCAAUAAAAUUUAUACCUCCUUUAUCAUAUGAAUUUAAAGCUACUGAUUUACGCAAGUAGUCAGUUUUAUUUUUCCAUAAAAAAUUGUAUAAUAAUUUGUUAAUUGACUUACAGGUUGUAUUAUCAACAUGUAGUGACAGGGCAGCAUAGGUUAGACGGGAGAUACCUUCAGCCUUCGAAAGCAGAACUCUUCCCUUCAACGACAGGUCUCGCUGAAUUCAAUGAUUAAAGAUUUUUGGGGUUUUAUCUAUAAUAGGAAUGAAGUUUGUGGAGCAUCUGGAUUGCUUGUUUUUUAUUAUUUGAAUUCCAAGGUAUCUUACAGAGUUUCUUACAGGUAUUCCACGAAUUGAAGUUGCUGAACAACUUUUAACUGGUAGAAGUUCACAUUUAUGCAGGUUGAGUGAAAGUCCAGAGGCUUUAGACAAUGGCUGUAUGUUGUUAAUGGCCACUGAAACUUGCGAGGCGUCUCUGAGGAAGAGAGAUGUAUCGUCUGCCAGCUGACUUAUGGGUAUUUCUCUGUUAGCAAUGACCAGACCUUUUAAAGAAGACACGGGUAUCGGAGCAGGUGAAUGACGUCAUCAUCCGGAGCUGCAGACACCAGCAGACCGGAGGUUGGGCUCUGUGAUUGGAGACCGGCCCAGCUGUGGCGGCAGCUCUCACCUGUCGAGCGAUGACGUCAUCACCCCUCUACCUUAGGCUCGUUGUUUAUUCACAAUAAAACUGAAGGUGAAGCUGUGACAGAUUCGCCUCGAUCAAUAAAUCUAUAAAUAUCUCCGUGCUCGUGCAGGUGAAAGAUGCCAGAGCGUGAAGUUUUCCGCUUUUAUUGUGAAAGUCAGCACCGGAAGCUGUAAUAGGUGAUCGGCUCAAUUUCAUUGGCUUCGUUUGUAUCGUGAAAAUCAGCCGAUCGAGCAUUAUUGAUAAUUAAUCAGUAAGUAGAAUCAAUGAUCAGGGGAGUGUCCGUUUCCAUGACGAACGAGGACGAUAAAACGAGGCUUGGUGAUGUCACCGUCGUGAAGCUCGUGUAUUUUGGGUGUCCCAGUGCUCCCAGUGGCGUCCGCGAUGCUGCCCGCCUCUAUCCAGAUCACAGGCGAGAUGCUGUCGGCGGCUGAAGUUCAGGACAUCUGUGAGAGUCUGAAGGAGGAUGGCGUGCGCCUGCUGUCUGUGCGUGGCUGCCAGCUCUCCGAUCGUGACUUUGGGCGUGUCUGCCGCAGCGUUGCUGAGUCGCGCUCGCUCGCUCAGCUCAACCUUAACCUGGGCGUCGUCUCCAGUAUUGGCCGGACGCGGCACCUGGCUGACGCCCUGAAGACUAACCGCUCCCUGCAGACCCUGUUCCUUCAUGGCAGCCCGCUAUUGGACGCCGGCCUAGUGACCCUGAACCCCGCCCUGUCCACCCAUCCUUCACUGGUGUGCCUGGAUCUUGGUGACUGCAUGCUGGGAGACGAGGCGCUGGGUCUGAUCUGCGGGAUGCUGCCGCCAGACGGCGCAAAGUCAGGGCUCAGGGAGCUCACUCUCAGUGCUAACCCAGGAAUCAGCUCCAAAGGCUGGGCUCGACUCUCCAUUGCCGUGGCGCACAGCUCACAGCUCCGCGUGCUCAACCUGGACUACAACCCACUCGGUGAUCAGAUUGCAGGGAUGCUGGCAGUUGCCGUGGCAUCCAGCAGGACUCUGGAGGUUCUGGACCUAGAGGGAACCGGACUGACCAACCAGUCAGCACAGGUAUUCCUGGACAUGGUGGAGAAUUACCCGACCAGCCUGCGGGUCCUGGUUCUGGCUGAGAACGACAUCAGUCCGGAGCUCCAGCAGCAGAUCUGUGACCUGCUGUCUGAGGGGGAGGAUGACGAUGACAGAGAGGCCUUGCCUCUGGUGCCAGAUCCUGCCUCCAUCACUGCUUUCCAGCAAAUCAGAGACAAGUAUCACCCAAUCAGAGACAAGUAUCACCCAAUCAGAGACAAGUACCAGCUCCCCGCCUGGCUACCCCACAGCAACUCCAGCACCCAGGCGGUUUUGCUGACGUCAGGUCUAGGUGAGAGCUUAUUGGCUGAGACUGAGAUGUGACCCCUCCCACAAACACGCCCACUUCCUGUCAGGCUGCCGUCACUUUUUUCGGUUUGAAUGUUUUUUUUGUCUGCACUGCACUUCUGUGGUUGUCAGAUCACCUGAUGGCUUGCAGCCAAUCACACUCUCCGCAUGGUUCGAUGUAGCACCUGAACACAGACAAGCAGAGAACUCAAACACGUCACGUGACCUCCACACAGGUGUUUGUUCUGCUUCUGAUGAAUGUACCUUUGGCUCUGUUGAUUGGUUCUGAUGUCACAAUAAUAAAACUGUUUACAGCUUCUUAAAAACAAA